AUGUUGGCUGGGGACAGUUUUGAGGCUUGGGUUGAAAAAAUCGACGACCUGCUGCGGAAUCCCAAAUCCGAAGUGAAUUCGGAUUGUUUGCUGGAUGGAUUGGACGCUUUGGUAUACGAUUUAGAUUUUCCUGCCUUAAGAAACCACAAAAAUAUUGACAACUUUUUAAACAGAUAUAAAGACAUGAGUAAAAUUAGAGAUUUACGAAUGAAAGCUGAAGAUUAUGAUGUAGUGAAGGUGAUGGGUAGAGGUGCAUAUGGAGAAGUUCAAUUGGUAAGGCAUAAAUCCACCAGGCAGGUGUACACUAUGAAGCUUCUCAGCAAAUUUGAAAUGAUUGAUGGACCUUAUUCUGCUUUUGCCUGGGAAGAAAGGGACAUCAUGGCUUUUGCUAACAGUCCUUGGGUCGUUCAGCUUUUUUACGCAUUCCAAGAUGAUCAUUACCUCUACCUGGUGAUGGAAUACUUGCCUGGUGGAGAUCUUGGAAACCUAAUGAGGAACUAUGGUGUGCCUGAAAAAUGGGCACAAUUCUAUACUGCGGAAGUAGUUCUUGCAUUGGAUGCAAUUCAUUCAAUGGGUUUUAUUCACAGGGAUGUGAAGCCUGAGAACAUGCUGCUAGAUAGAUCUGGACAUUUGAAGUUAGCAGAUUUUGGUACUAGUAUGAAGAUGAAUAAGGAAGGUAUGGUACGAUGUGAUAGAGUAGUUGAAACAUCCAAAUAUAUUUCCCCUGAAGUAUUUAAAUCCUCAGAUGGUGGUGGUUAUUGUGGACAAGAAUGUGACUGGUGGGCAGUUGGGGUAUUAUUAUAUGAAAUGCUUGUAGGUGAGACAUCUUUUCAUGCAUAUUCUCUGGUUGGAAUUUUUAGUAACAUUAUGAACCAUUCACUUAUCCUCUGUGAUCAUGAUGACAUAUCAAAAGAAGCAAAAAAUCUUAUUUCUGCCCUCCUUACUGACAGAGAAGUGAGAUUAGGGCGAAAUGGUGUAGAAGAAAUCAAACAACAUCUCUUCUUCAAAAAUGAUCUGUGGGCUUGGGAGACACUCUGAGACACUGUAGCACCAGUUGUACCACAUUUAAGCAGUGACAUUGAUACAAGUAACUUUGCUGAUUCAGAAGAUAAAAGAGAUGAAAAAAUAUUCCCUAUGCCUAAAGCUUUUGUUGGCAAUCACCUACCUUUUGUAGGAUUUACAUAUUAUGGCAAUCAUAGGUACUUGACUUCAGCUAAUUCUAAUGAUAAUAGAACUAGCUCCAAUGUGGAUAAAUGCUUGCAGGAAAAUUUGCAAAAAACCAUUUAUAAGCUGGAAGAACAGCUGCAUAAUGAAAUGCAACUAAAAGAUGAAACGGAGCAGAAGUGCAGAACUUCAAACACAAAACUAGACAAGAUAAUGAAAGAACUGGAUGAAGAGGGGAAUCAAAGAAGAAAUUUAGAACCUACAGUGUUGCAAAUUGAGGAGAAGAAAAUGUUGCUACAGCAUAGAAUUAAUGAGUACCAAGGAAAAGCAGAACAGGAAAAUGAGAAGAGGAGGAAUGUAGAAAAUGAGGUUCCUAUUUUAAAGGAAGAAGACUUAAAGAAAAUAAAUCAUAAUUCACAGCUUGCUAAUGAGAAGCUGGCACAGUUACAAAGGCAGCCAGAAGAAGCCAAUGACUUUCUGAGGACAGAAUCAGACACAGCUGUAAGACUAGGGAAGAGUCCUACAGAGAUGAGCACGUCAAUUAGUCAGCUAGAGUCCCUAACCAGAGAAUUGCAGGAGAGAAAUAGGAUUUUAGAGAAUUCCAAGUCACAAAUGGACAAGGAUUAUUACUAGUUGCAGGCUCUGUUAGAAGCUGAACAAAGAGACAGAGGUCAUGAUUCUGAGAUGAUUGGAGACCUUCAAGCUCAAAUUAUAUCUUUACAAGAGGAGGUGAAGCAUCUCAAACAUAGUCUUGAAAGAGUGGAAGGAGAAAGAAAAGAAGCUCAAGGCAUGCUUAAUCACUCAGAAAAGGAAAAGAAUAAUUUAGAAAUAGAUUUGAACUAUAAACUUAAAUCAUUACAACAACGGUUAGAACAAGAGGUAAAUGAACUUAAAGUAAUCAAAGCCCAUUUAACUGACAAACAUCAGUCUAUUGAAGAGGCAAAAUCUGUUGCAAUGUGUAAGAUGGAAAAAAGGUUAAAGGAAGAGAGAGAGGCUCACAAGGAGGCUGAAAGUAGGUUUGUUCAGAUUGAGAAGCAGUGCUCCCUGCUAGAUGCUGAUCUGAAACAGUCUCAGAAGAGGCUUGAGCAUUUGAUGGAAAAUAAAGAAAGAAUAGAGGAUGAAGUUAAGAAUCUAAGUCUUCAGUUGGAGCAAGAAUCAAAUAAGCAACUGUUGUUACAAAAUGAAUUGAAGACUCAAUCAUUUGAAGCAGAUAAUUUAAAAGGACCAGAAAAGCAGAUGAAACAGGAAAUAAAUACUUUAUUGGAAGCCAAGAGAUUAUUAGAAUUUGAGUUAGCUCAGCUUGCAAUGCAAUACAGAGGAAAUGAAGGACAGAUGAGGGAGCUGCAAGAUCUCCUAGAAGCUGAACAAUAUUUCUCAACAUUUUAUAAGACCCAGGUAAAGGAACUUAAGGAAGAAAUUGAAGAAAUAAACAGAGAGAAUUUAAAGAAAAUACAAGAACUACAAAAUGAAAAAGAAACUCUCAAUUUGGAUCUAGCAGAAACAAAAGCUGAGUGUGAGCAGUUGGCUUGAGGGCUUCUGGAAGAGCAGCAUUUUAAACUGGCCCAAGAAAGCAAGAAAGCUGCUUCAAGAAAUAGACAAGAGAGACAAGAGAUUACCGAUAAAGAUCGCACUGUUAGUUGGCUUGAAGAAACAAACAGCAUGCUUACCAAAGAUACUGAAUUAUUAAGAAAAGAAAAUGAAGCACUGAUGUAUAAAAUGAGGAAGACAGAGGAAAAAUAUAAAUUAAAGAAAGAGGAAAAGAUUAGUAAUCUUAAAGCUGUCUUUGAAGAGAAUAUCAACAGAGAAUGAACCCUAAAAACAUAAGCUAUUAACAAGUUGGCAGAAAUAAUGAAUCGGGAAGAUUUAAAAAUUGAUAGAAAGAAAGCUAAUAUACAGGAUUUGGGAAAGAAAGAAAAGGAAAAUCGAAAGCUACAACCAACCGGAAGUAUCACAGGCUUCAGGGUUAAGUGUCCCUGGCGUCUCGACCCUGUCCGUAUGUACGCUUUCCCGGGAGUCUUACCAGAACGAGGAUCUUCAGAGCUUCCCCGCUCUGGGUCUCAGGGUUCCUGUUCCAGAGCCACUUGUCGGUCUCUCCCUGCCUCUGACCCGCAGACAAGGGGGGAGACACGAAGAAAUAUUGAAGACCUGAAAGGACCAGCCAGGGGACUCAAGGCUUCAAUGCACAAGACAAGCAGUCACCCUGAUGAAACACAGUGCAAGGGCUGCAUGGUUAUGCAUGCUCAGCUUUCCUCAGAGCCCCAACAGCAGCACCCAGACAAAAGAGGAGCACUGACUCACACUGCCUCCUUGCAGAUGGGGAGGUGGGACUUCAGCAACCCCCAGCGAAUUGUCAACCAGCCCUGCCUUCCCAUUGAAGGGUUCGGAGAAUUACGUCUGGGCAGGGCUCCCACGCUCCUUCUCACGCUACGCUGCCGGCAACUACCCCGCGUGCCCGCAGCUCCCCCGCCGCCUCCAGCUGACAUUUCCUCGCCCGGAACCGCGGAACUCGGCACCCAGCCCAGGUGUGCUCGUCAGUUUUAG